UUCAGUUCAUCCAGGCUCGAUUGCAUUCCACACCCUAUCUCAGCAUCCUCAGCUUCUCAGUGGGAUUGAAACUCAUGCCUUUCUUUUUAAUGAUCUACUUAUGACGGGAAAAAAACAGCAGCCUGAUCGCAGUAAACAGAAUUAUCUGAUUCCACAUGCAGAUAAAAUAGUAACUUUCGAUGUGUUUAUGUUAAACUUGCGGAUUAAGGAGAAAUCGUGUUUUAAUCAGAAAGGUGUACUCACUAAUGCACAAGCGAUAAAGGAAUACUUCGAACGCAAUUCCUUUGAGCAGUUUUGCAUCAAUUACUGCAACGAAAAACUUCAGCAAUUCUUUAACGAACGCAUCCUUAAAGAGGAUCAAAUCUUAUACGAGCGCGAAGGCCUGAAUGUAAAAAAGAUCACGUAUAUGGACAAUCAAGACUGCAUAGGUUUCAAUGAAUCUUCUGAGAUAACAUUGUUGGGUGCCUUUCAUAUUGUAGGAAAGUACAUGAAGAAGUUAUUUGUCGGUCGAUCUCACUAUAAGAGGAAAAAUAAAUUCCGUUGUACUGCAGCCGAUCAGCACUACGAGGUUAUGUUGACGCAGUCCAAGAGACCUCGUUUUCAGGUGAAAACAGGCUGGGCUUUCGUCCAUCCUUUGACGGACAUCAUCAGAUCUGGGUCUCAUGUAAAAAGUCUCCUGUAA